UGACAAUAAAGAUCAAGGCAUAUUUAAAUGACACAAUAAUAUCCUGGUUUUGGAGGAUUUGUAUACUUAGAUUCGCUUACUCCGACAGAGGAGCAAAAAUUGCUCAGCAGCCUUUUCAUCUACAAUUUAACAACAUUUUCUAAGCAGGAUCAAAAGUAUCAGUCCUGAUUUUGUUUCAUUUUUCGUUACACAAAUGGUUCAAGUAUUUUGUCACAAAAAUCCAUAUCCAUUUUAUAGGUAUCACAAAUCAACGCUUAUUAUUCAUUGAAAAAUAAAGCGGAUAAUUUUAAUAUACUUUGUAUUGUGGAAUCUAUCAUUGGUGGUCUUAUGCUUGAACAACCUAAUAAUCCUAUUGAAUAUAUUAAAAAUCGUUUAAUUGAUACAAAACGUAUACAAGAACAUGUUAAACUACAUAAAGAAUUAUAUAUUUGGCCACAUCAUCCAAUAUUAGAUUCAUCCAAAUCACUUACAACUAAUGAACAUCAUAAAUUUCUUCAAAAUUGUUUCUAUCAUCGUAUAAAACGUUUACAAGAAGAUAAAUUGUUUCUUGAAAAUGAAUCUAAACCUAUUGAAACUACAAAUCCAUUAUUUUCAUUAACAGAACUUGAUUUAAAUUCAUAG